AUGUUCCAUCUAAUAAAACGUAAGUUGUAUAAGACAUGCGUCGAUCGCGCACGAUCGGUAACAAGGAGAAGCAGAAGUUCAUCCUGUACGAUAGAGCAGCUGCCGGACCACGCAGACGUUGUGAUAAUUGGGGGCGGUAGCGCUGGUUGCAACGCGCUCUAUCACUUGGGAAAAUGCGGUGUGAAUGCCGUGUUACUGGACAAAUCGAAACUAAUAUCGGGCACGACAUGGCACACCGCGGGACUUGUAUGGAGCAUACGUGGUCCCAACGACGUUGAAAUAGAAUUAUUGAACGUCACGCGGUCCGUGCUUGGCUCUUUGGAAGGAGAGACCGGUACAGAUCCGGGAUGGAUAAACAACGGGGGACUUUACAUCGCUCACUCGAACGAAAGACUGGCCGAAUAUAAGAGACUAAUCGACGGUUCGAAAGCGUUCGAUAUCGGGGCACAUCUGAUCUCUCCUAGGGAAGCGAAGAACUUGUUCCCGUUGCUCGACGAGAACGCGUUUCAAGCAGCUGUUUACUCGUCGAAAGACGGUGUCGUUGACCCGACUAUGUUGAUAAACGCAUUAGUUAAAUCGGCGAAGAACAAUGGCUGUCAGGUGAUAGAAGACUGUCCCGUGGUGAAGAUUUUAACGCACGACAUCGUUCCGAACGGCAAGAAGAAGGUUCACGCCGUGGAGACCCCGUAUGGAAUUAUAAAAUGUGAUGUUGUUCUCGUCGCUGCCGGUGCUUGGUCGAAAAACGUGGCGAGCACAAUGAACACGGAUAUACCAUUGAUCCCGAUUAAACAUGCUUACAUUGUCACCGAAUCGAUAGAUGGUGUCGAGCAACAGCUUCCGAAUGUCAGAGACCCGGACAUCAGUUUAUAUUUUCGAAUUCAAGGGAACUCCAUCGCGAUCGGCGGUUACGAACCGAAUCCUGCGAUGUUAGAGUCCGCACCGGAAAACUUCUCGUUCAGCCUGUACGAGUUGGACUGGGAUAUUUUCGACACGCAUCUGGAUUCCAUGGUUCGCGUGAUGCCGAAAUUAUCCACAACCGGAAUAAAAAGCACCGUAUGCGGUCCAGAAAGUUUCACGCCCGAUCAUAAACCAAUAAUGGGCGAGGAUCCACGGUGUUCCGGACUAUUUUAUUCUUGCGGAUAUAAUAGCGCCGGCAUGAUGCUGGGAAGUGGAUGCGGAGAACAAAUUUCUCGUUGGAUAAUCAACGGUCGACCGGAUAGUUACAUGUUCAGUUACGACAUCAGAAGAUUUAUUCCGGAACAGAGAAGCAAUUUGUCGUGGAUGACCGAAAGAUCUCACGAGGCCUAUGCGAAAAACUAUGGCAUUGUAUUCCCACACGACGAACCGUUAAGCGGUAGAAAUCUUAAGACGGAUCCUUUUCACGAUAUACUUAUCGAAGAGGGUGCCAUCAUGGAAGAACGCCAAGGUUGGGAGCGACCCGGAUGGUUUUAUUCGAAUAAAAAAAUUCAAAUCAUGCCGUACGAUUAUGGCGGAUACUCUAGUACGAUAUCGAAAAACAAGAGAGACGAAUAUCGCGCAAUAUUAGAGAAAGAAUACAGUUUCGAAUUUUCACCCUUCGAGGAUACAAUACGCGCAGAAGCUCUCGCUUGUCGAAACGAUGCCGCUUUAUUCAACAUGUCGUAUCUUGGGAAAUUUUAUGUCUGCGGGCCAGAGGCACAGAAAGCAAUCGAUUACUUGUUCACAGCGAACACACAUUGCGACUUCAACAAAACAAUUUACACUUGCAUGCUUAAUCAUGCUGGAGGAGUAGAAAUGGAUUGCACGGUUACAAUUAUGGAACCUGGUUCAAGCGGAAUCGUGAAUCCGAUCUUUAAAGACAAAGCGUUCUACAUUGUUUCAAGCGGAGCGUCAGCAUAUCACACGUGGGCCCAUAUAAACAAAGUCGUGGAGGAAAAAGACUUUGAUGUAUCGUUACAUGAUGUUACCGAACAAAUUGGAAUUUUAUCCGUCCAGGGCCCUAACAGCCGAAAGAUAGUGGAAUCGUUAAUAGAAGACGACAUUUCGGAUAAAUCCCUGAAAUUUUCAACGACGAAAGUAGUCGAAAUUAAGAAUCAUCUGGCACGAUUGAUCAGAAUUAGUUUCGUUGGCGAACUUGGCUUUGAAAUACACAUUCCACGAUCGUCCUGUCAAACAAUUUACACGGCCUUGAUGGAAUGCGGCAAAAAGUAUAACAUGAAACUCGCCGGAUACAGAGCAUUGUACAGUCUUAGCUGUGAAAAAGGCUAUCAUCUAUGGGGCUCGGACGUUAGGACGGACGAUAAUCCGAUUGAAGCUGGAUUAGGAUUUACUUGUCGCGAUACCGGUCACUAUCGGGGAAAAUUAGCGGUCGAACGAUCACGGCAAACCGGAAUUAAAAAGAGGCUGAUACACGUUCAUCUGGACCGCACCACUCCAUUGUGGGGUUUGGAACCUAUUUACAGAAACGGUUCUGUUGUUGGUUAUUUACGACGAGCAGAACAAGGAUAUAGCUGUAGAAGAGUUAUCGGUCGCGGAUACAUCAAACAUCCAGAUGGGGAAAAUGUGACAAAGGAGUUUUUAAGGACUGGUACCUAUGAAAUCGAAACAAUGGGAAAAUGUCAUAAAGUGGACGUUUAUCUUGAAAGUCCAUUUGAUCCUCGAAACAAAAGAUUAAUGGGUAUAUAUGAAAAAGAACAGAAUCCAUGA